ACCUACCUUUGCUCCUACCAGUCUGUAUCCACCACUCCCCUACGCUACGCUUUCCUACCUUCUCGACCUGAAAACUACCCACAACACGUUUCGCCUCCUUGUUGUUGUUUACCAACUUCACCUGCACAUCAACACCUACUCUCCACGAAUACAACCUCAGUUUCUGCCUUGCCUUUGCCCAACGCCACACCUGGGCUGAUCAAACGACGGUUUCCUUCCCUCACCUUCAUCCUGGAUAUCAACCUCCUCCUCGAGCCUCGCGCUCGGGGCUCAGAGUCACCCGCGAGCAAGAAGAGCUCCAUAUCAAAUGUGUCCCACUCGACAGGAGCGACCAGAGGAUACACAACCGCACCUUCAGCCUACACACAGUCACCUUCGCAAAGAGCGUCGCCGGCGUAUGCCUCUGGAGCACCCGCGUACCCAGGCCCCCCGCACUACGCGCCGAUGUCUGCAUACAGCCAGGCACCGACAUCAGCACCCCAAGGACCCGGAUCAAUGCUAGGAGGACCUGUUCUACCUGCCAUCUCCGAACUUCACCGACACGCUGAACCCGCACCGCUCCCACACUUUCGCCCGCUCUACUCCGGCCCACAUGGACCAUCCCCACCCCGUCACCCGCAAAAUACUAAUGGCUCUCCCCCUUCAACACUCAAGCGACAGGCAUCCCAAACCCCGCUACCCGAUGAGAGUCCGGCCAAGAAACAGUCCAAAUGGACGCCAGAGGAGGACAACCUGACCAUCGAGCUGCGGGGUCAGGGAAUGAAGUGGGACGACAUUGCGAAACGACUACCCGGAAGAAGCUCCAUCUCCUGCCGACUUCGUUACCAAAACUACCUCGAAAAGCGAGCCAUCUGGGACGAGGAGAAGAAAAACAAGCUCGCAAGACUCUACGCUCGAUUCAAGGACCAAAUGUGGCAGAAGGUCGCUACCGAGAUGGGCAUUCCCUGGCGGUCCGCCGAAUCGAUGCACUGGCAGCUGGGUGAGCAGGAGAUGAGCGCGCGUGCGAAUGCGCCGGUGUUUCAGCUCCACCCAUCUGCAACCGGCACAGGCAUGAGCUCGCCAUCGCAAGUGCCCGUUAUACCAGCCUCUGCCCCGCAUGGCUUCACGCCUGCCAACGCCCCUCAGUUGAUGCCAAACCCGCCGCCGAUGCCGCCGCAACUGCAUCAGGUGCCCCCGCCAAUGCCCCAAGGUCCAAUGCAUAGCUACCACCAGCGGGCCGACAGCGGUUCCAGCGCGGGCGGACGAAGGAGGAGGAACAGCUCAUUCAGUCGCAGGCGCGCAGACCCUCGCAACCGGUCCAGCGUGCCCCCUCAACUAGGCCAACCUCUUCCCCAGAUUCAACCACAGUCGGAAGAAGACUUGAUCAGCGGAGCCAGGACAGCACCUGUACCAGGCAUGCAGUCCAUUAUCAAGCAAGAGGGCAACAUGCCCAGCUACAUGGAGGCGUACCACCAGAGGAGAAGGGAAGAAGAGGCCGCAGGCCCGUCACGAGCAGAGCACCACGCACGGAGCGAGGGCAUGAGGAGUCCGGACAGGAUGUCGCAGCGCAGCGGAACCGGCAGCAUCAAGAGCAUGAAGCGCGAGGAAACGGAGCGAGCAUCGGCCCUGCCCUCGCCACCCCAACCGUCGACACCUUACGAGCGACCAGCAUCGGCAGUCGCAUAG